UCCCGCGCCGCGAGGGCCGCGCCGGGGCAGAGCCGCGCGGGCGGGCGAGGCGCGUGCCGGCCACAGAAGCUCCGGGUAGCCGCCACCGCCGCCCGCGCGCACGUGCGGCCGCUGCUGCGCCGAGCUUACGCCCCGCGGCGGCUUUGUUGCUCCCGGCUGCCCGGCACGAUGCACACGCCGGACUCCGCGGGCCCAGACGACGCGCGCGCAGUUGACAUCAUGGACAUAUGUGAGUCCAUCCUGGAGAGGAAGCGGCAUGACAGCGAAAGGUCUACGUGCAGCAUCUUGGAGCAGACAGACAUGGAAGCUGUUGAGGCUCUUGUUUGUAUGAGCUCCUGGGGUCAAAGAUCCCAGAAAGGUGACCUGUUGCGGAUAAGACCUCUCACGCCUGUCUCUGAUUCUGGGGAUGUCACCACCACUGUGCAUAUGGAUGCAGCCACACCUGAAUUACCAAAAGACUUUCAUUCUUUAUCAACUCUGUGCAUAACUCCUCCUCAGAGCCCUGAUCUCAUGGAGCCAUCGACAAGGACACCUGUUCCUCCCCAAGUAACAGAUUCCAAAGCAUGCACAGCCACAGACGUCCUCCAGUCCUCUGCCAUAGCGGCCACAGCGCUGAGCGGGGGCGCGGAGAGGGACUUGCUGGGUUUGGAGCCAGUGCCCAGCUCUCCCUGCAGGGCCAUGGGGACCAGCGUGAUCCGACACACUGGGGAGAGCCCUGCUGCCUGCUUUCCCACCACCCAGACUCCAGAUUGCCGGCUUUCUGACAGCAGAGGAGGAGAAGAGCAGUUUCUGAGACACUUUGAAACUUUGCAGGACACACACCUCACAGACACUUUACUCAACACUAACUUGGUUUCCUGUCAGCCCUGCUUGCACAAGUCUGGUGGCCUGCUCCUCACUGACAAAGGCCAGCAGGCAGGGUGGCCUGUUGCAGUUCAGACUUGCUCACCAAAGAAUUAUGAAAAUGACCUGCCCAGGAAAACCACUCCUCUGAUUUCUGUCUCUGUCCCUUCUCCCCCUGUCCUUUGCCAGAUGAUCCCCGUGACUGGACAAAGUGGCAUGUUACCAGCUUUUUUGAAGCCCCCUCCCCAGUUGUCUGUGGGGACUGUGAGACCCAUCCUAGCUCAGGCUGCUCCAGCGCUUCAACCUGUGUUCGUGGGACCUCCGGUGCCUCAGGGAGCUGUGAUGUUGGUCCUGCCCCAGGGAGCCCUCCCUCCGCCUGCCCCCUGUGCAGCCAGUGUCAUGGCUGCCGGGAAUACCAAGUUGUUGCCCCUUGCCCCUGCCCCAGUGUUCAUCGCCUCUAGCCAAAACUGUGCCCCGCAGGUAGACUUUUCCCGAAGGAGGAACUAUGUUUGCAGCUUCCCAGGUUGCCGGAAGACCUACUUCAAAAGUUCCCACCUUAAGGCCCAUCUUCGCACUCACACAGGGGAGAAGCCUUUCAACUGCAGCUGGGAUGGCUGUGAUAAAAAGUUUGCUCGUUCGGAUGAGCUAUCUCGCCACCGCAGAACUCACACAGGGGAGAAGAAGUUUGUGUGCCCGGUAUGUGACCGACGUUUCAUGCGCAGUGACCACCUGACGAAGCAUGCCCGGCGCCACAUGACGACCAAGAAGAUCCCAGGCUGGCAGGCAGAGGUUGGCAAGCUGAACAGAAUCGCCUCUGCAGAGAGCCCAGGGAGCCCACUGUUCACCAUGCCAGCCUCUGCCUGAAAGGUCCCCUGGGAUAUCACUCAUGGGGUUUUUAAAAACCUUCUUUUCAGGAAUGGAACUGAUGGAUUCCUCUCCCACCGCCUCACCCCCCAAAAAAAAAAUGGUCUUGGGGGCUAGGGGAAGAUCGGGGAGCUGGUUUUGAUGAAAGUAAGUUAAGUUUCCUUUCCACUUGGGACCCUGUUCAGUGUCUCUUGUAGUUUCAGAAGAUUUUUUGUUUUGUUUUGUUUUUUUAAAGAAAUGGUAGAAAAUUUGGCCGGGCGCGGUGGCUUAAGCCUGUAAUCCCAGCACUUUGGGAGGCCGAGACGGGCAGAUCACGAGGUCAGGAG